UGGUAUGCGCCAGAAGUACUUCCAUUGAAGAAAAUCUAUGACGUUGAUGGGUCAAGACUUGCGUUGAAAGGUUUACAUUUUAAGCAUACCGACAAUUUCAAUUACUGGCUCAAGUCACUGCGUCACAUUGGCCUACCUGAGAUAUUUUAUCCUGAAACAACUGAUCUAUAUGAUAAGAAGAACAUGCCAAGAGUUAUCUACUGCAUUCAUGCAUUGAGUAUUUAUCUUCACAAACUUGGCAAAGCUCCAGAAAUAGAGAACCUAGUUGGGACUGUCGUCUUUACACAGGAAGAGAUUAGUGCUAUGAAGUCUGAGCUGGAUAAGUAUGGGAUCACAAUGCCGUCCUUUGGUAAGAUUGGUGGCAUCCUCGCCAGUGAGCUAUCAGUGGACGAAGCAGCAAUACAUGCUGCAGUCUUAGCUAUUAAUGAAGCUAUUGAUGGUGGUGAUCAUACAGUUACGUUGGCUAAGUUACAGAACCCAGCUGCUGUCCUUGAGGACAUUGAGCCAGAGAAUAGCCCACGCUAUCAGUCGUCACUGGAAUCAACAAAGAAGGACAAAAAAGGUUCUGCUGAUGAGGGUGAUGUGUCUGAAGCUGAUGCUUAUGAUUUCUUGUUGACACAGAGUGAGAUCCAGUCAUGUGUACAAUCAGUGAAUGAUAAAGUAAAGGAAGAGGCUAGACAAGCUAAACAGACCGAGUGUGUUCUACUGAUCAAUGCUGCAGUCACCAAGGGAAGCAUGACUGCUUUGCUUAACUCCCUCCAAGACGAAGGGGCGGGGUUUAGAGACGUCACACCUCAGAACCUUCGCUGGUAUCAGGAUAUACUGUCUAAAACUAGAGCCGGGAAUGGAGAGAAUGGUAAUGAAGACCUGACACACGAGGAGAUUCAGGAUAUCAUACUGAUGGCCAAUCAGAUAGCAGAGCACACUAGACUGGUUGAGGCAGCUGUUCUUACUAUCAAUAAGUCACUAUCUGAUGGAUCUGCUCCAGAGGAUAUCCUUCAAAUGCUUCAAAAUGAACAUAUCUCACAUUUCUCUGUUAUACCAGCGAACGCUCAGUAUUACGCUGAUGGACUCAAGGAAAGACUCAGACAAAAGAGAGAAAAGACUGGGAAUGCGUCCUGUUUGCUCACAGAAGAUGAAAUUGAAGAUGAAAUACACAGCUGCAACGAGAGGGCAGACAAAGAUAGACUUGUUGCUCUUGCUUAUCAAAAGAUCAACCAGUCAAUUGGUAGUGAUUCACCUCAAGAGACUCUGACUUCAUUACUUGAUUCGAAUGCUGAUCUUUCUCAUAUCAUCGCCGAAUCAAGCAUUGAUCAGUAUCAUGCUAAACUCAAAGAAACUCAAGCAGAAAAGGGAGGAGAGCCACUCACAAAAGAGGAGAUAGUUAGUUCCAUUGAAGAAGUCAAUAGACAAGUAGAAGCUGAGAGACUAAUGGCUGAGGGUGUGGCCUCUAUAAACUCCGCCCUCUCCUCCAGUGAUUCCUCGACUGUCUUGAGUACUCUAAUUAAUGAGCACAUUAGUCUUGAAGAGGUUGAUGGUGACGUGUCUCCUCAUUAUGUCUCGUUGAUGAAAGCUGCUCUUGCUUCUAAAAUUGAGAGAACUGGUGAUUCGUCUGCUACAUUGACAAGAGAAGAAAUACAAGCCGUCAUUCACAAAGCAAAUGAGCAAACUAAGGAAGCUAUUAAAAUGGCCAAGGCUGUUCACGAGAUCAAUGAAAUGGUGAAAUCAAGUGAUUCUGCAUCAAUACUAACUGCGUUAAAAUCAAGUGAUCUGAUGCUGAGAUCAAUCACAGAGGAAUGCUCUGAUACCUACCAUCAGAAACUAUCGCAAGCUAAAAGUGAAAAAUCAACAACCGAAGCUGCAGUCAGUGGGUGGAGCGAGCACAAGACGAGAGAUGGGUACACUUGUUACUAUGACAACGGGACGGGAGAACACUCCUGGGUAUAUCCUGAGGGUUGGUCUGGAGUCUCCAGUGACUUGUCAAAGGAAGAAAUACAAAAUAUUGUGACUAAAGUAACUGCAGAUUUUGAUCGUUGGGCUCUCCUGAAAGCCAACGAGCCACUGAUAGUAUCCCUCCAGUCUCAUUGGAGAGGAGCAUUAGUGAGGAGACCUUUUAAAAAGAGAAUGGACUAUUUGAAAUCACACGAGAAGGAAGCUGUUAAGCUCCAGGCCCAGUGGCGCGGAUUCAAACAGAGAACAGCUUACAAAGAGAGGAAGGACCUACUUGUUAAUAGCGUCCACAUCAUUGUUAAGCUACAAUCCUGGGCUAGGAUGUGUCAACAGAGAAGGAGAUACAGAGAAAGACUCGAAUUCUUCAAGAGCAACGUCGCUGCUGUGGUGAGGAUUCAGACAUUCUGGAGGGCAAAAAAGACAAAGAAAGAUUACAAGCAACUGGUACAAGUGACUCAACCUCCAGCCUCUGCCGUCCGUAAAUUCUUGUCUCUCCUCGAACAAAGUGAUCUUGAUUUCACGGAAGAGAUCGAGUGUCAGAAGCUGAAAUCUGAAGUUGUUCAGCAGAUCCGCUCAAACCAGCAGCUGGAGCAAGACCUCAGAGUGAUUGAUCUUAAAAUCGGACUGUUAGUGAAGAACAGGCUAACUAUACAAGAUGUUGUCUCUCAGACUGAUCAGAUGAGGCGGAACAGGAAAAGGGGGAAGAGCAGAGCAGCUGUUACUAGUGAAGAUGAUGAUGAAGAGUCGGUAGGUGGACUUAGAGGUCUCUCCAAAUCAAGUCAAGAGAAGAUUGAAGCUUACCAAUAUCUCUUUUACCUUCUCCAAACUGAGCCAAGAUACUUUGCUAAGCUGAUAUUUGAAAUGUCGCCCAACAGGACAAACAAGUUUAUGGAGAACGUGAUAUUGACUGUACUGAACUAUGCACAGAAUAACAGAGAACAGUAUCUCCUCGUUAAACUAUUUGAGACUGCUCUAUUUGAAGAAAUUGAAUCAAAAGUGUUUGCAUUGAAAGAUAUCAUAACUGGCAAUCCGACGGUCAUCAAGAUGGUGAUCCACUUCACUCGGAGUGAGAGCGAAGGAGGCCACACUGUACUACGCGAGCUACUGGCUCCGCUGGUUAAGGAAAUACUGGAGAAACAGGACCUGGUACUUAAUACCAGUCCUGUGGAUGUGUACAAGGCAUGGAUCAAUCAGAUGGAGAGUGAGACUGGAGAGAAAUCAAAACUCCCAUAUGAGGUCUCCAAUGACCAAGCCUUGGGUCAUGAAGAGGUUAAGAAGAGAAUAGGUCAAACCAUUCAAGUGCUGAUAGACGCUACAGAGAAAUUUCAAACGACCAUACUUGCUAGUGUUGGCAGAAUACCAUACACUAUGCGUUACAUUGCCAUGUGUCUCCGUCAAGCUCUUCAUAAGAAGUUCCCUGAGUCCGAUGAGGAUGAUGUUCUAAAGGUUGUUGGUAAUUUGUUGUACUACCGCUACAUGAAUCCAGCAAUAGUGGCGCCUGAUGCAUUUGAUAUUAUUGACAUGGGAGUGGAGAAGAGGGUCCUUGAACCAGACCAGAGACGUAAUCUUGGUGCCAUUGCUAAAGUACUUCAACACGCUGCAGCAGGAAAAUUUUUUGAGGGUGAGAAUGCUGCUCUUUCUUCCAUGAACGGUUACAUUCAAAAAGCAUUUGGAAGAUUCAAGCAGUUCUUCUUAGCUGCCUCUACUGUUGAUCCACCUAAUCAGAAGUUUGGUUAUGAUGAGUACACUGAUGUCAUAAUGGUCACCAGACCUGUCAUUUAUAUAACUGUCAAGGAGGUCCUACGUACCCAUACUCUGCUAGUGGAGCACGAAGAAGCUUUGGCUCCAGAGCCCAGUGAUCCUUUGAGGGACAUAUUGAAGGACCUUGGAGCAAUACCGUCAGUUGAAGCACUAUUAGGUGGCGUGAGAGAAGCCGCUCCUAAUGAGGACAAGGAAGACAUCAUUAACGAAGCCUCCAAGCAGGAACUUGCACUGACCCUCACCAACAAAUUUGAGGCAAAGGCGGACGACAGCAGCGACAUGAAGGCUCUCUUUGUCCGUACUAAGAGGAUGGUUGUUGAUCUCCUUCGUGUCCAAGCAGGCGAUAAUCUAACGGACAUUUUGUACACGCCGGCGACACCCGAGCAGGAGGAGGAGCACCAGAGGAUGAUCAAGGAAAGGGAAGAGGCUGAUAAGGCCAACAAGAGCUUGUCUCUAUCACAGGCGGACUCCGUCUACACUGACAGAGAUUUGCCCAUUGAGGGAAUGAAGCGUAAGAUCAUGAGACAGUUAAGGUCACUGGAACAAGAAGAGAUGGUAUCAAGUAAAGACGACUAUCAAGAAAUAAUCAACUCGAUUGCCAAGGACAUUAGAAACCAGCAUCGUCAUAGACAGCAGAGGAAACUUGAGUUGAAGCGUCUUCAAGAGACGAUGGAGAAACUGAAUGCAAAGACGCAUUUCUUUGAAGAGCAGAUGGAGUACUACCAGCAAUAUGUUAAAGCAUGUCUCGACAGUCUUGCCAAAGCAAGCAGUGGUCCAGCUGGUGGUACAGAGUUUAAAAAGCAGACGGUGAAGUACACUGCACAGAGACUCCAUGAGAAAGGAGUUGUGCUUGAGAUUGAUGGUCUACCAAAGCACCAGUUCAGGAAUGCUCAAAUUGAGAUUACUUCAAUUGAUGUUGGCGUUUUUGAAGUCAAGGGGCGUGUCUUGGGCGUGGCUCUGGAUAAAUUUGAACUCGUUUUUCAGGAUUUGCUUCAGAUGCAAUAUGAAGGCGUGGCCGUCAUGAAAAUCCUUGGUCGUGCCAAGAUAAACGUGAAUCUUCUCAUCUACCUCAUUAAUAAGAAGUUUUACGGGAAAGGCUAGCACAAAGCCAGACCCUUCACAAAAACACCAACAACCACACAGCUGAUAUCAACAAUAAUAAUAAAUAAAUAAAUAAAUAAAGGACACUCUUGCAUCAUUGAUUGAAAGAUUAUAUAAUUUAGAAUUAAUUAGGCAUUGUUAUUGCUGUAUUUUUGUCUUUUCAUUUUGUUUGGUCGUGUGAUUGUCAAGUGACAUAAAACCUUUCCUCCUUUUAUUGUGCUGUUUGGGUCUCUCUCUAACAAUUAUUAUUGUUAUUAUUAUUUUAUGUACAUUGAAUUAUCUCUCUUUGAGAGCAAAUAGAAUAGACAAAA